AUGGGACCAGGGAGGCUGACGUGUGUGCUGGUCUUGGAGCUUAUGCCGGCUACAGGGUCCCGGCCGCAGGAACAGCUACCCAGGGAGUCCCACAGCCUCAACUGGAACAAGUUUUCAGGGUCCUGGUACAUUCUGGCUGUCGCCUCUGAGUGCCAGAGAUUCUUGCCAGGCAGAGACAGGAGGAAGCUGGGGGCACUGAUGGUGGAGGUCCACAAAGCGGGCCAGCUGAAGGUGGUCCUUGCCUUCAGCCAGUCACAGGGGUGCCAGUCACACACGUUAAUUCUGCGGAAAGAUAGGAAAAAGGCGAUGUUCAGGAAUACUUGUGCGUAUGAAGGCCCGGGGCCUGGAGAGAAAGACCUGGGG